AUGGAUAGUUUAUCGUUAGUCACUAAAGAACUUGGUAUUCCAAAAUCAUAUCUUAAUAAUUAUAAAUCAACAAAAAAUAGAAGUUUCGCUUUGGUUCACAAUGAUUGGAUAGCUUCUUUGUUGUCAGGUUCAGAUAUACCUGAUUUUAUUUGCCAUGAAAAUUUUACCGAUGAUGAAGUACAAAAUUUAUUUCACGAAAAAGAAAAUGUCGAACCCUGGCAUAAGAUACUCAUAAAUAUUGUAGAAAAACCAAAAAGCCAUGAACUUGUCAUUCCAUUACCCAGAUCAAGAGCUGUACAUUCCAAUAACGAAAUGGAUCUUUCAUUUGCUCAACUUUUACAUUAUAUUUCAGAAACAAAUUUUAAAAAUAUGUGGAAGCACUAUUAUAAAAAACAUGCACGAGAUAGAGGCUUUAGUAAAACUAGAGAUUACUUUAGAGGAAAUUCAUUUAAUAAAAAUAAAGAUAUAUUAAUAGAAAUAAUAAGAAGAUUUUAUGGAUGUAAAUUAAUAUUAGAAAAUAAUACUAGUACUGAAUACUUUUCAUCAUUUAGUGUGCAAUCCGAAUUUGAACCGCAUCCAAAUAUUUUACCUGCUUUAUGUGCUAUUGAAACUGAGGAAAAUUUUUUUAUUUUACAUUCUGUAAACAAUGUUGUAACGUUAAAAGACUGCAUUACAUUUAGCCCCACUCUAAUUAAUACAAGUUAUACAAAACCUUUAUUUGUGAUUUAUCAGCUCUUGCAAAUAUUGAAAAAUUCUCAUGACAAGGGUUUGAUUAUUGGUAAUAUACACCUUGAUAAUAUUUAUAUAAAUGAUGAACUUUUCGUGCAGGUGAUACCAAAUCUAGAAGAAAAUAUUUUCAGAUUAUCAAAUACCGAUUUAGAAGUUACUGACAGUAGUCAAAAUAAAGAAAAAGAAAAAAUUUUAUUAUUUCCAAAAAGUAUUACUCCCAAACCCUUUAAUCCUGUAUCGAGCAUUACCCAGGAAUACAGCCUGGAAUUUAUUUGUAACAAAUGGAUAAAAAAACAAAUUUCUAAUUUUGAUUAUUUAAUGUACUUAAAUCAAAUUGCCGGGAGGCGAUUUGGAGACCCUUCUUGUCAUUUUAUAAUGCCGUGGGUGUCUGAUUUUGCAACUAGAUCAAAUGGAACAUGGCGAGAUUUAUCAAAAUCAAAAUUUAGAUUAAAUAAAGGUGAUAGACAACUUGAUUUAACAUAUGAAAGCGCUCUCAAUUCUAGUCAAAUUCCUCAUCAUGUUUCUGAUGUUUUAUCGGAAAUAACUUAUUACGUUUACUUAUCGAGAAGAACUCCUCGUUCUAUUUUAUGUAAAUAUGUAAGAUCGGUAUGGGUACCCGCUGAAUAUCCAUCAUCAAUUCAACGUUUGCAAGAAUGGACUCCUGAUGAAUGCAUUCCUGAAUUUUUUUACGAUCCGACAGUUUUUAAAUCGAUUCACGAAGAUCUUCCUAAUUUAGAAUUACCUUACUGGGCUUUAACUCCGGAAGAAUUUAUUGAAGCUCACAGAGAGUGUUUAGAAAGCAAAUAUGUAUCGGAAAGGCUUCAUCAUUGGAUUGAUCUCACUUUUGGGUACAAACUAUCUGGUUCAGCUGCGGUUAAGUCUAAAAAUGUUUGCCUUCAUCUUGUAGAAAGUCAUAAACAAUUAAAAACUUCUGGCGUGGUUCAACUUUUUCAAUAUCCUCAUCCUCCGAGACAAACACAAAUUCAAUAUUUUGAAAAAGUGCCUCCUAAAACGUUAUUGUCUUCUUCUUUACGUCUGCCAAAAGUGGUAACUGCUUCUCAAUUUGACAAAGGAGGAGGAGGAGGGAGUGAUGACGAAGGUCAUAGCUCAGGAAACGGUGAAGAUGACUCUUUCGGUACCAAAAGUUCUCCUCUGAUAUUUUCCAAAUUUAUGAGUCGAUCUAAAGGAUCCCUUUUGGCACCUUUUCAAUCAUCAUCAAAUGAUGAACCACGUUGUGACCAACAAAAACUAGGUUUACUAAGUGGUCAGGCUUCAAAUUCAGCUACACCAAUCAAUAUUCCCAAAGAUUUUAAUCCGUCCAUAUUACUAACUUCGGUGGAAACCAAUCAAAAUUUUUUUAAUAAAACAUUUUUAACCAAAUCAAAUUCUUCAGUAAACGAGGAGAAAAAAUGCAAGUUAAAUGCGAAACAAAUUAUUGCAAACAAACGAAUUCAAGAAAUGCAGGUUUUAGGAUGUUUAAUAGUCGAAUUGUUCUUGUUUUCGAAAAUUCGAGUUGUGGAUGUUAGCGAUUUGGAAAAACGCUUAGAAGCAUGUUUGUAUUUUUUAAAUCACGAUAACCUGCCACGUUGUUUACGAUCAGCUGUUAGCUUAUUACUCCGACCAUUUAAAGACGUUCAAAAUUAUUCAUUCAUAACUUCCUCCGGUUUACCUCCUCCUUCUGCCCAUCAAUUACUACAACCUUUGCUUUCAUCUUUUAUAUUUCCUUUUCCAAAAUUAUUUCCCGCAUUAUAUUCGUCCGUUAGUAAUUUGAUUUUAUGCUCUAAAGCAAUAGACAAACAUAAAUUUGAAAAUACUCAGGGAUAUCAAGUUUGGGAAACGUUAAACGUAAUAAAAGUCAAAAGGUUUUAUUCGGAUUUAGAAAAAAUUUGGGAUGAUUCUUUGUCUUCGAAAAAUAACUACGCGAUUGAUUUAAUAUUUCCAUUUAUAAAAGAAUUGUUCAACAAUCCGAAUACAUCUAAAUUAAGCAUAAUUUUAUUUCUAAAUAAAUUGUGCCGAAAUUUGGGGCCUAAAAAAACCAACGAACUAUUAUUGGAAACUUUGGUCAAUUUGUAUAAUUCAAGUUCGUGUGAUAAUACCGAAAAUUUAUAUUUGUAUCAUAAGAAAUUUUUAUUAAUUUUAAUUGUACGUUGCGGUUUAAAAGUUUUUCUUGAAAAUUUUAUUAGUCCUAUUGUUGAAGUUCUUGGAAAGUGCAAUAAUUUUUCUGAGGAAGAAAAAUGGGAUAAUAAAGCCUAUAAUGAAAAGCAAGAUGUUGAAACAGAUUUUGAAUUAAAAUCAACGACGUUUGAAGAUCUAUCUCUGAAAUUAGGGAACAAACAAAAAGAUAAAUUAAAACCAAAUCCAGAAGUGGGGGUCUUUUCAUUCGAUCAUGACGUCUCUCCAUCUACUACCACUGAUGAUGAAAUAUUAAGUCAAACUGUUGAACAUUUGGAGUUAAAUUUAACUUCUUCUGAUGGAGAUCAACCAUGCAUUGAAGAAGGAAAUCUUUUAACCUCCAAUUUAAGUCACGUUCAAUCUCCAGAAAUAACAAUUCCGGGAGGUCACAUUCGUAGAAAUCUUAAUUCUGAAAAAUUUGAUGUAGAAGAUGAUAUGGCACCUCUUCAAAGGAAUUUCUUUAACGGCGUAGAUCGUGAUGAUUUUAUGGAUCUACCUCAGUUAAAGGCUCCUGAUGUAGCUGGUGAUUCAAUAAUCUGGCUCGCACAUCGUCUAGGACCAGUUCUUACAUCGCGUCAUCUGACACGUAAUCUCUUGCGAGUGCUUUCACUUUGUUUUACUGGAAAAGACAAUUUGGAGCCUUGCAAGUUCAAAAAUGAAACCAACGAAACGAAAUUGUGGAAAUUAUCCGUGUUGAAAUGGAAAGUUGUCGGCGAUGAAAAUGUCGAAACAGUUUUAUACGUUCUUGGAAAAAUAAGCGAAAUUUAUGGCGAACAAAUAAUUUUACUUCAAUAUUUACCAUUCAUGUCCGAACUCAUUAACCUGAGUAAAAAAAAAUUUACCCUAACUUUGGAAGGAGGAAUAAUUGGGUGUCUAACAUUAUUAAAGUACAUUGUUCCUUUCAUGAACGAUUCAACGCUUAUGGAUCAGUUACAGGACACCAUUCUUAAAACCAUCAUUCAUCCCGUCAUCCGAUUAGUUUCAACCACCAGUUUCACUUAUCCUUCGGGGCAAAGAGGAAGAUACACGCUUGUUUCAAAACUUAUAGACUGUAUUUACUUAAUAUCAUUAAGAAUAGGAGUAGAAAUGACAAAAGUUCACAUUGCAGUUCCGGCUUUGCAAAGAAUUUUUUUGAUUUUUGAUAAAGCCCAUGGAAUUACAAGCAGUAAUAAUUUUCAAUUAGAAUCAGAAUUAAGUUCAAGUUCGGUCACAAGCCCGUCUAGUACUGUGGUCGAUAACAGAUAUUUAGAAAUUCAAAGAGAUGGAACUACUACAGAAUGGUCCGUUCGUGAUAUUCCUGGUGAGCCAAUCACAAUAGCCCAUGUAUGGUCUGAAGAAUCAUUGGAUUCUAUUCCAAAUGACUGUUACAAGGAUCAACAAAAUACUGUUCAGAAUAAAGCUCUUAUUGAGCUUAAGCAUGUUUUCGAUUCCCACUUGGCACAUCAGUGUUAUUAUACUUUUUUGAGACACCUCGGGGAUACUACUAUGGAAAAUACUCUAAAAAAUAAAAAUUUUAUAAAAGACUUAUGUCACCAACACGAGCAAGAAUUAUCUUUUAAUACGUAUUCAAAAAAAAAAAAAACUUCUAGUCUAAGUAUUGAAAAAGAACAAAUGGAUUCAGUGGAAGAAAGAGAUGGGAUCGGUAGCUAUGGUAGUAAUGUAGCCGUUGUAGGAAAUAAAAUCGAAUUGCAAACAAAUAGUAGUACCGAUUCCGCUUCAGGUAUUAAUGGAUUAAUAAAUACCGAUGUUACAAUGAUAAUUUGCAAAGAAAAAGAAAACUCUGGAAGGCAUUUAAGAGGAAAUUGGUUGGCCUAUUGGGAACAUGAAAUCGGAAGAAGUGAAAAAGAUAGUAAAUUUAAUUUUAAACAAAUUAAAUUGCAAAAUUUCACAGGACAUGGAAAUAGUGUGAGAAUGAUUCAUUGUUUAGAAAAUGAAAAUAGUUUUAUUAGUGGGAGCAAGGAUAAAACCGUAAAGCUAUGGAGCUUAAGAAGUCAGGGAGAUGGAAGUAGUACACAGGGUUGCCAAAUGACUUAUAAUCAUCAUCGUAAAUCUCUUUUAUCUCUUUCGUUUAUUCCUUCACUUCGAAUAAUUGCAUCGUGCGAUUCGGUCAUACACCUCUGGGAUCCUUUUAUAGGGAAAACUAUAUCUGUCAUGGACAAUGCAAAAGUGGCACACGUAAAUGUUCUCAAAGCAUUGAAUCCUCCCAGUUGUAAUUUAGUUGCUGCCACGACAGAUUCAACCCUUAAAAUAGUCGAUGCCAGACUUUGUUCAUUCGUGUCUGAAUACAAGAUCUCCGUUAAUUCGGUGGGUUUGAUUCGUUCCGUUUGUGUCAGUCCCGACGGUUAUUGGAUUGCCGUCGGUCAAGCUUCAGGAUUAUUAACCGUACUCGAUGUGAGAACCGGCAUGGUUCUUUCUUCUUGGAAAGGUCACGAAGCCGAAGUUUUACAAUUGGCUACCGUAAACGAUAAUAUUUUAAUGAGUUCCUCAUUAGAUCAAACCGUUUCCGCUUGGAAUGCGUCAGAUGGAAAAUUUAAAUUUUUCAUGAAGGGACCAGCGGAGCCUGUACAUUGUUUAGCCGUGUACAAUUCGGAAUUAAUUACCGGUACAACGGCAAAUAGAAUCGGAGUUCACACGUCGAUUGAUAGUCAAGCAUCGUUUAGUUCUACUAAACUCAGAUCCGAUGCAUUCAAAGGAAUUCUAACAUCGAUGACCGUUUUGCCACUCAAUAAACUCUUACUAUUGGGUGCCGAUAAUGGAAAUAUAUCUCUGCUAUGUUAA